CUACAUACCUAUGGAUUCAAUUCAUACCUCUCACAAAGCCAAGAAGAAAAGGUCCGGUUCAACAAGCGAUAAACUAUGGCCGAGCCCGAACGUCGGCGCAGAAGACCGCCCGUCUCCUGCACCCUAUGCAGAAGACGCAAGCUCCGAUGUAGCAGAGAGAGCCCUUGCAGCAAUUGCAUAAAAUCCAGGAGUGGGAAUUGCGUCUAUGAGAACUUCAUUUCACAUGCUCAACCUGGAGUUGAGCUCGGUCUGGGCCCAGCUUACUCAGAGUCUCACUACUCAGCGCCCACUACAAGCAUCUCUAGCACGGCCACAGGAGUAACAGCCCCCAAUCACACGUCCCAAUCAUCACCUAAGGCAGCCAGUUCAACGGCAGGCUCAACUCCUACCAGCUACUCUUCUCAAGAAGUCGAGUCCCUGAGAAACAGAAUAAGGCAGCUCGAAGAACAAUUGUCCAAAACAAACUUGACUCCUUCGCAACCGCCCGCAGAUUCUAACAUAGAGGCCAUCAAUUCACGUAUCAGCGGAACCUUUUACAUUCACCACGAAAACAACUUGACUGGCCAACCACGGGCUAUAUCGCGUAGUGUUACCCAUAAAACCCGGGUAUUUGGUCAGAGCCAUUGGAUUACAGGCUUUUCACUUGUGCGAGAUAUAAUAGGCAUUUUCGAGCCUCAUGUACGGGACGAGUCAUCCAGGAUCUCCGUUCUUAUGCAAAAGUCCAAGUCUUUGGCAAGGGCUAUUAAAGACCGGCGCUCUCCACCAUGGCCUUCACUGCCAGUAGUAGACCUACCAUCAAAGGAUAUUGCUGACGAGCUUGUCGACCGUUACUUUCGCACCGUUGAACCCAUCUACCGAAUUCUGCAUAUUCCUACUUUUAGGAGAGAGUAUGCGGCACAAUGGGUAUCAACAAGCAAUGAGCCCAAUACGGCAUUCCUAGUUCAACUGAAGUUAGUGUUAGCUAUCGGAGCUACUACAUAUGAUGAAUUAUUUUCUCUGAAACCUUCGGCCUUGAAGUGGGUUUAUGAAGCACAGACUUGGAUCUCCGAACCUGGAUUCAAACAUAGGUUAAAUCUCCAGUAUCUGCAAACCAAUAUCCUUUUAUUAAUAGCACGAGAAUUUGUUGACGUCGGUCCGGACUUAGUCUGGAUUGCCGCUGGCACACUACUCAGAACCGCAAUCUACAUGGGCUUGCAUAAGGAUCCCAAGCGACUUCCAACAAUGUCAACUUUUGCAGCAGAGAUGCGCCGAAGGCUAUGGAACACUAUUUUAGAAUUAUCUACGCAAUUGAGUUUGACUUCAGGGGGGCCCCCGUUCGUUUCUCUCGAUGGGUUUGACACCGAACCCCCCGGUAACUUCGACGACGAGCAGAUUACGGCUGAUGACCCCGUUCCGAAGCCAGAAGCCGAAUUCACGCAAACAUCUAUAGCGAUAGCCCUCCGCAAGACGUUCGCGGCUCGUCUCGCAAUUACCAAGUUUUUAAACGAUCACAGUUCUCGCGGUACGUAUGGGGAGACGCUUCGGCUUGAUGCGGGACUGAGAACAGCAUACAAGUCUGUGCUUCGACUCCUCCAAGGCUACAAGUCGGGUUCCGGGCUACGGCCGUCAGAAACUGAAGUGGACAUGGUGAGCCUCCUGAUGAAUCGGUACAUACUAUCCCUUCAUAAUCCAUAUUUCAGCUCUGCGAUGCAGGAGGCAGCGUAUGCCUUCUCUAGGAAAGUAAUCAUUGAGACUUCGAUCAAAGUCUGGCGUGCAAUGUACCCAUCAACUACCACGACACUUCAACCGUCCCGUAACGUACCCUCUUCGAACUAUCACGACUUACCGCGACUUGCUAUCUGCGCUUCGGGUUUUUUUCGCAUCAUUACGUUACAAGCUAGCAUUCUCAUAGCGAUGGAACUCAUGGCUCAAUUGCAAGAAGAAGAGAUAUUGGGGCCUGGGAUAGUCCGCCAAGACUUAUUAACUAUAAUGGAAGAAGCAAAGACUUGGUCCUGGAGGACUAUCGAAGCUGGAGAGACUAGUAUCAAGGGCUAUUUCCUCGCGUCCUUACUAGCAGCCCAUAUCGAGGGCCGUAUACAAGGUCUUGGCAAGGAGGAACUCCCCUCAUUUCUCAUAAAAGUUAUAGAGGAGGCUGAAGAGAAGUGCAUACCGAAACUAGAAGAAAUGUUGGCUCGGUACCAGACCGAGAGUGCAACUAAGGAACUCGAGCAACCGCAUAUGAAUACGGAGCCUCAGUCGCUGGGGGACUGGGACUUUUCAAUGUCAGAUGCUCUUUUCGACUUUAGUAAUCCGGAUCCAAUAAAUUGGGCCUUUGGCGAAACCACGCAAGAUCCGCUUACACUAUAAUGCGAUUUAUCACGAGAUUUUAGUAUGGCAACGAGUUAUUUCGACGACGAAUGGAGGCUUGCUGGUUUGAUUCUGAUAUAUAGAUGGGCUUUUACUAUCGAAACUGUACUCGAGGCCUGGAUAAACGGCCAGGCGAGGAAGGUUUAUUCUCCGACCUUCACAGCAAUACUCUGAAUCUUCCCCAAAGACUUGCAACAUAGGGAGCACGAUAAAGUCGGUCCCUUCUACAUAGGAACACGUGGGUGGCUCAAACAUACCAUCUUUUCAUCGGUUACGUGCGGUAUAGCACGUUUCUUCGUCUCAUUCCGCGUGUAACUCAAUACUUAAUAAGUGAGAUCGAUUUAUUUCCUUGUCCUCGGACCGCCACUUUAGGGGUGCCAAACGGAACAUAUCUUGUACGAGUUGAUAGUGUCACCGUGUUGAUGAUGCUAGUCGAAUAAUAACAUUAAAAGAGAAUCCCACACAUUCUGCUAUAUCUCC